CUUCUAUUCACUGUAAAAAGGCAAACCCCAAUCGGCUCAUCAUUCUUCCCUCAAAGCUUAGAGAUCUAUGAUGGCUCCCUCAUGGUGUUACACUUUCGCCUUUGUCUUCUUUACCUUCCUUCAUUUUCGCCCAACCCCUGCUCAAGGCGAUGGUGGGAAACUCAUCUUUGAAGACGGCUACACAGUCACCACAGUUCUUGACGGCGACAAGACAAACCUGAAAGUGAACCCUCAUUCCAUCCAUCAACGCUCAGAUAACUUCAUCCUUCUCGACUCCGUUGCCAGCACUUUCUAUACAGUAUUAAUCCCCUCAUCCUCCAACGAGACUGUGAUAAAGAAGCUGACAGGAAAUGGAGAGCCUGGGUAUCUGGAUGGUGGCUUGGACUCUGCAAGGUUUAACAAGCCAAGGAGUUUUGCGGUUGAUUACAAUGGAAAUGUGUAUCUGGCAGACCAGCGAAGUAUCAGGAAGAUCACCAGCACAGGUGUUACCACAAUUGCUGGAGGUUUUUCCCAAAAGGCUGGCCGUAAAGAUGGCCCUGGACGGGAUGCAUCAUUUUCAGAUGAUCUCGAGCUGACCUUUGUUCCCAAAAGAUGUGCUUUGAUGAUCUCUGACCAUGGUAACAGAUUAGUUCGUCAGAUAUAUUUAAAAGAAGGAGAUUGUACAAAGCAUUCUGGAUCCGGUAAGCAUUCGAGCUGUUCUUAUGAAAAACUUCGGAAAGAUUUUCUAUUACCAAGUUACUUGCUAUCUCUUGCAGUUUUGGGGACCACCUCUGCCUGGAUUUUAGGUCUCUUGCUCUCUAGCUUGCUUGGCCUAAUCGUUGGUCUCGUGAUUCGUCCAUACCUUAUUCUAUUUGAAGGUCACACAGCCCUUCAGUCCAGCUGGACAUGGACACAUUGCCCAACGAAUCUGGGGAGACAAAUUGUGAUGCUUUGUUACGGCAUCAAAAGCGCAGUUGUUAAUUCGAAAACCGUGUUUUCACUUUCUCGGCAAAUGAUCAUUUUGAGCCUCUCUCAGCUAUCUCUAAUCUUACGUCCUUGGAUGGUGAAGCCUCGUGGGACCCGUGAAAAGACUGUCUCUUUGAUGGACUUGGAUGAAUUAUCUUCUGAUUAUAGUAGUAGUAGUUUUAGUAAUAAUGUAAUGGUGUCACCAGAGGUAGAUGCUGAAUUAAAGGAUUUGCUCACUUUUGAUGGAAGGGAAAUGGUACUUACAGAUGGAUUAGAGGAGCAAGAAAAUGGAGAAAGUGUUGAUGUUUUGUUAAACAAGCACAACAAGAUAGAUGGUAUGAUAAGGGAUAAUCUCUUUAACUUUGAAGAGCAAGCGCGCAAUGUUCGCCCGUCUGUGGAGUGUGGCUCAGUGGGCUUGGUCAAGCGGAGAUGAAUUAGUGAUGUGAGGUAGUAAAUAUCUUUUGUUUCCUGAUGAACACCUUCUGAUGAGUAAUCCUUAUGUAAUGUUAAUAUGUCUGCUUCUAAACUUAUUCUUUAGCUAUCUAUUUGGUCAAUUUCUGCUUGCUUGAUGGGUAUGUUUAAAUGGAUAAACU